AUGCAUCGAAAGCGGAACUCGCCUGGGGCUUUAAGCUUGGACUUUUGGAAGCUGGGCAAGCUGGCUGCCAGUUCAUACCGCUUUAUCCUGGCCAAGACCCAAUAUGGGAACUUUCAGGGGUCGUGGCGGCGAGGGCAGCCUCUCUCCAACGUAGCAAGAUGCAUGUGA